AUGGCGAUCACCGACUUUGGCAAAGAACUUCUCCUUCGUGGCACACCAUAUGUACAGGGACAGGCUUCAGGGAAGCUUAUUGCAAGUGAUUUAGAAUUGAGCUUCUGGGGUGGUGUUAAUCCUCGGACUAGCGAGAUUAUUGACCGCCAUCAUCCAUUGAGUGGACAUCAUCUUGAAGGCUCCAUAUUGGCUAUCCCAGGUGGACGGGGCUCGUGUACCGGAAGCACAGUCAUGCUCGAGCUUCUGCUCUGUGACAAGGGACCGAAAGCGCUGAUAUUCGAACGGAGAGAAGAUAUUCUCACUCUCGGAGUAAUUGUCGCUGAAGAAAUCUUUGGAAAGGCCAUACCUGUGGUGGCCCUCGACCCAAAAAACUUCCGAGAACUUUUAAAGAGCAAUGGUCGCCUUGUCCACGUCGCCGAUGGUCAAGUCUCAACGAAGCCAUCCCUUGAUGUGGUAACAAAACUCUCACCAGGCACUAGCGAAACAGAGCCAACGCUUUCAGUGAAUGACAUGAUCCUCACAGAAUUGGACAAAGCUCUUCUCAAAGGUGCACACGGAGACGCUUCCCGUGCAGCAAUGAGAAUAGUUCUAAGGCUAGCAAGCAUUCUCGGAGCCACAGAGUUGAUGGACGUUACGCAAGUUCAUGUAGAUGGAUGCGUCUACACAGGGCCAGGCUCUCUCGCCUUUGCAGAAAAUCUACGAGACCGUGGGGGCAAAGUCCGAGUGCCAACGUCACUGAAUUCCAUCUCCGUCGACAAGAACCUUCGCCGAGUUCAAGGCGUCAGUCAAGAGUUCAGUACUGCAGCCGGCAAGCUGGCAGAUGCCUACACUGAUAUGGGGGCGCGGCCAACUUUUACCUGCGCACCAUAUCAGCUUGAUACCGCACCGAAGCUUGGAGAUCAAGUCGCUUGGGCCGAGUCCAAUGCAGUUGUUUACGCGAACAGUGUGCUCGGAGCGAGGACUAUGAAGUAUCCCGACUUUCUUGACAUCUCAAUUGCGUUGACUGGUCGCGCACCCAAAGCAGGACCGCAUGUUCAAAUCAACAGACUAGCUUCAAUCAUUGUAAAGGCUCCAAAGAUCGAGAAAGCCAACGUUGAUGAUUCUUUAUAUCCCCUCUUGGGAUACCAAGUUGGCAAUUUGGCUACAAGCCAGAUCCCAGUGGUGGUAGGGCUGGAACUUUUGAAUCCGACCCUAGACGACCUGAAAGCCUUUGGGGCAGCGUUUGCCACGGUAUCCAGUGCUCCGAUGUUUCAUAUGGUUGGGGUGACGCCCGAGGCACCUACCCUUGAGGCAGCACUAAGCAUAGGACCUGAUGUCCGUUCUGUCGACGUGCACAUGGGUGAUAUAAUGGAAUGCUGGGACUCUCUGAACCGUGCAUCGAGCCAACAGCCAAUUGACCUGGUUUCUUUGGGUAAUCCGCACUUCUCACUGGCUGAGAUCGCAAAGCUUGCCAGUCUCUGUCGAGGCCGCCUUAAGGACAAAAAUGUCGCCGUCAUGGUAACAUGCAGUCGAGUGACUUAUGCUUCGGCUUGUAAGACUGGCUUGACAAAUGAGUUAGAAUCGUUUGGAGUUCAAUUCAUUACUGAUACGUGCUGGUGUAUGAUCACCGAGCCAACCAUUCCUGAAUCUCAAAAUGCCAUCAUGACCAACUCGGGGAAAUAUGCGCAUUACGGCCCGGGUCUCACCGGAAAGAGCUUUUAUUUCGGAAGUCUUGCCAGGUGUGUUGAAGCUGCAUGUGGAGGGGACUAUGUGGGAAGAAGACCGCAGUGGUUUGAGUCUGAGUUGCAAUAG